UUACUGGAAGUAAACAAGACCGUGUGCAAGGACGACAAUUUCUAUUUGAGAAAUCUCAUUCCUAGGUAACCCCACUGCUUGUAACGUCACGCUAGAAACAUGGAGUAGAGAUGAGAUCGUAGCUCCUCUAGAAUAUAGCAGUUGUGUUUUAAGAGCUAGGUUGAUUUGGUUCGAAAACGCGCCAACGUGGGACUUGGUUUUGCUCUUGACUUUGUUGACGUCAAGGCCAGAAGGCCAGUGAAAAGAAACGACUUGCGCUGUAGGUGAUCGCUGAUGUAAAAGUCACCUUGUCACGCAGCAUGUACGGUAACAUUUUUCUUGAUUUAAAUUCAGAUACAAACAGCCUGGAAAAGUGGUUUUGUGGAGCGUCCCAAGACAAGAGCAGAAAGGCCUUGGAAGGGCGAGGUCGGAAAAGAAAUUUUGCGAAGUUCAGCAAAGUUUCCGGCUCGCAUUCCCAUUCAGGCAAACCAAAGACUGAUCGAAAAAUGGCUCACACCCCCGAUGUUCACUCAAAUAUCACAGCAAACGCACUGCACGGAUGGAGGGUAGAUGACAUUAAUGAUGGGCUGGCGGCUGAUUUUGAUGGCUCUCUGUCAGGUUUGGGGGAAGAGCUCGGAUCAUCAACAUAUAACAUGAGCGAGGCCCUUUUAGCCCUCCAAGAGUUCAAGGAAAAGGAUAAUCUGAACCAUUCCGGCGAGGCUCUACUGGCACUGCCUGUGUUUAAAACCAAUUCAUUGGCUGGAGAGCUCAGGAGGUCAUCCAACUCUGACUCCACUUUAGACUGUGGCCAAUCACAAUCAAGCCAAUUGACGUCAAAACAAAACGGAACUUUGAGCUUCAUGCUGAACGACAGAUGCCGUAAGCGUGUUAAACCCAUAUCUGAGUUUGACAGCCGUCCUCCCGAUUCAAAACAUCUGGCUGCCAGUAAAUUACGUGGUAUCACUCUUGAGAGACUACCGCCUUCGCAGAAUGAGAGUACAAUUCUCCAAUGUAUCUUGGUGGCAGCAACAUCACCUGCUACGAAGAUGAAUGAGGAAACCUUGACCUAUUUAAACCAAGGCCAAUCAUAUGAAAUCAAGUUGAAGAAAACGGGAGAAUUGAGUGAUGAUAUUAAAUAUUUAAAGAGCGUGGUGCGCGUUGCAUUUCAUGAGCGUCGUCUUCAGUACAUGGAGAGAGAACAGCUGGACUCCUGGAGAUGUCAGCGCCCUGGGGAGAGAAUACUGGACAUAGAUGUCCCUCUGUCAACUGGGGUAGCUGACGUCAAAAUGGACCCCUAUAACAUGAACUCUGCAGAGUUUGUCUGGAACCCCUCAAAGGACGCCUCAGCAUUCAUACGCGUUAACUGCAUCAGCACAGAGUUUACGCCAAAGAAGCACGGUGGGGAGAAAGGCGUCCCGUUCCGUAUUCAGGUGGACACAUAUACCCACACCAGUCCUCCCAAACAUAUCUACAGCGCUUCUUGCCAAGUAAAGGUUUUCAAGCCCAAGGGAGCCGAUAGAAAGCACAAGACUGACAGAGAGAAAAUGGAGAAGAGAUCAGAAGCAGACAAGGAGAAGUAUCAGCCAUCCUAUGAGUGCACAGUUCUUACUGAGGUUCCAUCAGAGCAGUUGCCUGGCAGCAUGUUCUCGCCCAGUGCCAAAACCUCUUCUUUUCCUGUACAGGUGAAGGGAAAUAAAGCUAACAACAGUGGGCCAUCUACCACUGAAAACAGAACUGUCAUGCCGCCCCCUUCACCAACUGCAACACACGUAAGGGCGUUAAGCACUAUCAGUUUAUCAGAAGUGAGUCUUGGAGCACCGCCCUCCCCCAGCCAGGCUGUGACCAGUACAGAGUUCCAUCCCCUGUCCCCAGACAGCAAUGCUGUAGAGGUUGCCCAGUGGCUGCAAAUGCAGAGAUUCUCAAACUACGUGCGCAUUUUCCAGAACUUUAGUGGUGCUGAUCUUUUGAGGUUGUCAAAAGAUGAUUUAAUUCAGAUCUGUGGACUAGCUGAUGGUAUACGGCUUAACAAUGCACUGCAACACAAAUCUGUGCGUCCGCGCUUAACAUUGUAUGUUUGUCAAGAAUCCGAGCAAGUUUAUCAUGCAGUGUAUUUGGAGGUCUUGACAGCCAACGACAUGUUGGAGAAACUGGCGAACUUGUUCAGUGUGCAGAAACAACAAAUCAUCGAAAUCUAUAUUCAGGGACCAUCUUCUAUUCACAUACUAGUCACAGAUGAGGUUGUGCGUAACACACCAGAUCAUGGUCGUUUUGCAGUGGAAGCAGUGAAAGAUGAUGCCAGCGACAGAUAUCGAAUCCUGCUGAAGUCAAUGGAAGCCCCAUGAAGGAACUCCGUGCCCAGGAACUCCACAUGGUUAUGUGUUGUAACAGGCUCGGGAUAAAGGAAGCAGUCAGCAAUUGAAAUAUUUGUCAUAUUUCAUGUUGGAAUGUACAUAGUAAUCAUCAGUUGUUUGAUGAAUAGAAGAAGGGGAUUCUUGGAAAAUGGAUUUUAAUUUUUUUUUAUCUGUAAAUAUGACAUCAGUGGUGUUUCAGAAGUCGUGUGUUCCCAGCGUACCAAAUGUGAUGUUUAACUGUUUAACAAGGACCAUUGUUUUCAGUAUCAUGUUCAGGUCACGUUUCAGAAAUACCUACACGUAUCCUUGCACAAGCAGGAGUGGGUAUUCCAGUGUUUUCUUGAAAGAUGGUUUUAAAAUGAAAAAGGGAAUGUUAAAAUCUAAACAGGCUUUCAGUUUAAACUUAAACUUUGUAUGAUUGAAUUAAGACCUUUAUCAAUGGCAUCAGUUUCAGAAGUUUGCACCAUGCUCCAUAAAGAAAAGCUUUUCUAUAUUAGAAAAGUAGAAAUCCCAUUAGACUUUCAUAAUUUCUAGUAGAGUCCUUUGAUAGGUAUUUCUUGAAUCAUGACCAGGAUUAUGUUUAAUCAUUUAGACUUCUUUUUGUUAGAGAAUUAAACAUAAGUUAAUAAGCCAGAUGAUGAUUUACAAAGAAAAUAACAAAUGUGUACAAUUUUCUGAAUUAGACGCAAGUUAUGAGAGGGUAUUCUAUUUGGUAGAUAUAUCUUAUGAUGGCAAAGUUGCAUUUAUACAGGAGUUCCAAACCUGUUUUUGUUUCUACGACGUUUUUAUUUCUGUAUCAUUGAUAUUCUUACCCAGAUUACAUUUAUGUAAUGAUCUCUGAUAAUUGAUGUAUAUAUCAUUGGGAAUUGGGGAAAAAUUACCUGGUUUAUGAAAUGCCAGGUAUAAGGUAUAGAGUAAUAUGUUAUGGACAUAGGGGAGGAGAAGACACUUUAGUGGGGUACUUUUCUAAGUUGUAAAUAUUACAUUUCAACCCUCCUUUUCCCCCAGCAUGGUCGAUAAUCUUGAGAAACUACAGUUAAUCUUCAUCAUGUUCAUAUACUAUGUACAGAUGUCUCACUCCAGGAUUUCAUCUUUCACUGAAACAAGCUCAGGACCUGUAGAAUGGAACACAUAGGGGAAAGCUCAGUGGAAGACUUGAUGUUUGUAUAUAAUUCUACAUUGACGUGGUAUGUCUGUAAGCUACAUAUUUUACUCCUCUGAUUUGUUAGAUGGUGUACACUAAAGUUGGUUGGUUGGUUUUCGUGUGCGCACUCACGUGAGAUCAUGUUAUCCAUUUCACUCCUGAAAACGUCAAGAAAAUAUUGCUUUUUUCCUCUCUGUCCAAUACUUGGUGAAAGUGUGCCCACAUUAUAUUAUCUUUUUAUUUAUUUUUGAAAUGUGUAAUAUAUUUUGAUUAACUGAAAGACUGACAUUGUCAUCACGGCAGUUUCACUGUUAAAAGGCAAUAUAGUUUCUAAGCCGCCCAAGUUCCAAGCCAGCUGUAAAUAAUUUUGACUUUCAAGUGUAUCAUUUGUAAAUUCAGUGUUUUAACAAUUUUAUUAAUUUUUUUUUAAAUCAUAAAGCGCUGUCAGUGUUGCAGUCAUAUUUAACUGUCAUUGAUAACAGUCUAGUAUAUAUGCAUCUUUUUACCUCAUAAUUAGAUCAAUUAAUAAAAUGUUUUGGCUGGCAAAUUAGGAAUAUUUUGAAAGGGUUUUGCUGUUCGAGAUUGC